AUGGUUCACUCCAGCAACCUUUACUAUGUCGAGCCCCUCCCUCCUCUUUCACAUGGACAGCAUCCUCCUUUCCACUAUUAUCCUCCUCGGACGUACGAAGCCUACUAUCCUGGUCCUUCCUACCCUCCCUCCCUGCCUCCCUCGUUUCGGACUCACUCGCCCCACGACUACUCGCCAUACCUGUACGAGUCGGGAGAGCAGCUUUCUCCGUUGCUCCCCAUCCCCCCUCGGCCACGGGUGCAGCGCCACGCGUCCCGUAAGAGCUCCUCCCACCCCCGCGACCGACAGCAUGAGCCUUCUUUCAAACCCUCCCCCCUGCCCAGAAGCCCCUCCUGCGAGAAAAUCGGUCGCAGCUUGAGGGUAGCCAAGGCGUACUGAGAAAGGGAAAUGUAGACGAGGGGGGGAGGGUAGACAGCGUCGAAUCGAGGCAGGGCCCUAACAUGCAAGGGGCGGAGAGGCGAGUGAGCGAAGUGUGAAGCCCAGACCGAGUGGUCGGAGAAGCGAAUGGAAUGCGAGGUUGGCAUAGCAUACCAGCAUGGAAGGUAGAAUUGCAAAAAUGCCUUUAGCUUAGAUUUAUAUGCCGAAAAGACAGGAGGGUAGUGCUACAUGUGUGUAUCUAGAAAGCAUGCGCAGAGCGCACUUAAAUGUCAUAGUAUGAAAGCAGUAGUCAAGAGAAGAUAUAAGCAGCAGCAUCACUGCUUGGACGGUGCACGAUACAUGUACAUAUACGGAAGAAAAGGCUCUAAAAGUCGGGCGUGCUUGCGAUAUUAGGCCCUCCACAAAACCAGCUUCACAGGACAACAAGGAAAGGAAAACACAUUCCCCACUGUGAUGGGGUGAGGCACGUAACUUUAAGAAAAGAAAGGACAUAGCAACCUCAUUGAUGGGGUAAAUGUAGAAAUUACGCAAAAACACUUAGCAUUUCGUGAAGUGAUCGAGGACGGCAUUCAGUGAGCAAGCUGACAAGGAGGGAAAAGAGAGGGAAAGAAUGGAAACUAUCGCACCAAAAGUUUAAGAAACGAAGGUACGCGUAAGGGAA